AAAAAGAAAAGAGGAGGAAAAAGUGGAAAAGACCCAAUUCUCCACAGGCCACAGCCAGAGGGAGUCCAACUCCGCGACCAGCUCUCCACGCUGCGUCUGCUGACCCUACCCAUCGCGGCCGCCGCCGGCCCGCCGCUUCCGCCGCUUCCGCCGCCAGGCGCUAUGCGGCCUUGUUCCCGCAUACUCGCGGCGGGCCACCUUCUCCGCGGCUCCCGGUUCGAUCCCUCCCAGACUACCUCCGCCGCUGCCGGAUUUCGGCGGCUGAACGGAGCCAACAGGCCGUGCGUGCCGAAACCUCUCUUUAGCACUCUCCUCGGAGGCUUCGGAUCGAACUGUGGCGUACAGCGCGGGAAAGGGGUCCCCUUCGGCAGCCUCGGCAGCUUCCUGCCGGACUCUGCCUACCCGCUGCACGGCGCGCGGCUUCAACGAGAUACGAGAGGUAAUGCAUUCUCCACAUCCGCCAAUGCCGUGACAGUUAAGAAGCCGGUUGAUGACAAGGUCCAGAAAGAUGCAUCAAAAAAGGAUGUUGAUGAGGAGAUUGCUGAUUCUCAGAUAUUGAAAAACCUUGGGAAGUACUUAUUGUUGAACGACAGCCCUGACUUCCGCUUUAGGGUUGCCUUGUCAUUGGGCCUAUUAGUUGGUGCAAAGGUUAUAAAUGUUCAAGUGCCUUUCUUGUUUAAGCUAGCUAUCGACUGGCUUGCAGCCCUUGGUGGUGCUGAAGCUUCACUGGCAUCAUUCACUGAAACUAAUGCCACCCUAUUGGCUCUCUUUGCAAGCCCAGCAGCUGUUCUGAUAGGAUAUGGAAUCGCACGAUCAGGAGUAUCAGCCUGUACAGAACUACGAAACGCUGUAUUUUCUAAAGUGACUUUGAGAGCCAUCCGUUCAGUAUCCAGAAAGGUAUUUUCUCACUUGCAUGAGCUUGAUCUUCGUUAUCAUCUAAGCCGGCAAACCGGUGCUAUAAAUCGCGUAAUUGAUCGAGGAAGCCGUGCAAUAAAUUACAUUCUCACAGUCAUGGUGUUUAAUGUUGUGCCCACAAUACUAGAGAUUGGUAUGGUGUCAAGCAUACUUGCCUACAAGUUUGGUUCAACUUUUGCUUGGAUUACUUCAGCUUCAGUUGCUACUUAUAUUGCUUUCACUUUGGCUGUCACACAGUGGCGGACUAAGUUCAGGAUGGCCAUGAAUAAAGCUGAUAAUGCUUCUAGUACGGUGGCAGUUGACUCUCUUCUGAAUUAUGAGACUGUGAAAUACUUCAACAACGAACAAUUUGAAGUUGAGAAGUAUGACAAAUAUUUAAGGAAAUAUGAGGAUGCUGCAUUGAAGACCCAAAGUAGUCUUGCCUACCUGAACUUUGGCCAAAACGUUAUCUUUAGCUCGGCUUUAUCUGCAGCAAUGGUUUUGAGCUCAUAUGGAAUCAUGAGUGGUGCUCUGAGUGUGGGUGAUUUGGUCAUGGUUAAUGGACUUCUAUUCCAGCUUUCAUUGCCUCUGAACUUCCUUGGGAGUGUGUAUCGAGAAUCUAGACAAAGCCUCAUUGACAUGAAGUCGCUGUUUCAGUUGCUUGAGGAAAAACCUGGAAUAAAGGAUGAGCCUCAUGCACAACCUUUGCAGUUCAAGGGAGGGUGCAUUGAAUUCGAGAAUGUUCAUUUUGGGUAUGUACCAGAAAGGAAGAUUCUUGAUGGUGCCACUUUCACUGUACCUUCAGGAAAGAGUGUGGCAAUUGUUGGAUCUAGUGGAAGCGGGAAAUCAACUAUUCUUAGACUUCUGUUCAGAUUCUUUGAUUCGACUUCAGGAUCUAUACGAAUUGAUGGGCAAGAUAUCCGAGGAGUGACACUGGAAAGCCUUCGAAAAUGUCUAGGUGUUGUACCUCAGGACACAGUACUUUUUAAUGACACAAUUAAGCAUAAUAUACAGUAUGGGCGGUUAUCAGCCAAAGAUGAGGAGGUCUAUGAUGCUGCCCGACGUGCUGCUAUUCACGAUACAAUUAUGAACUUCCCAGACAAGUACGACACAGUAGUAGGAGAACGAGGCUUGAAGCUAAGUGGCGGGGAGAAACAACGUGUGUCAAUAGCCCGUGUAUUCUUGAAGGAGCCCUCCAUUCUAUUAUGUGAUGAAGCAACUAGUGCUCUUGACAGCACUACUGAAGCAUCAAUUUUGAAUUCUCUGAAAUCCUUAUCUGUUGAUCGAACAUCAAUCUUUAUUGCUCAUCGACUCACAACUGCAAUGCAGUGUGAUCAGAUAAUUGUUUUGGAGAAUGGGAAGGUAGUAGAAGAAGGACCACAUGAUUUUCUUCUGUCAAAGGGGGGCCGAUACGCAGAAUUGUGGUAUCAGCAGAACAGCAGUGACGCCAGUGAUUCUGCUGCAGUUAGCCUAGAGGUUUGAUUGACGCAACGUAAAAAGAAGGGAAACCACAAUCAUAACUGAGAGACAGAGAGGGAUGGAGCCAUCUUGUCUGCCUUGUAAAUGGAGGAAACGGUUCUCAUGGACUGACACGGAUCAAAUUGCGGGAGGGAAAUACCAGGUAGCUGAACUAACUGAACUUCUAAACUUGGAGAGGGCUCGGUAUUCUCAACCUAGAAAGGUUUGCAUUGGCGGUUCUAGCAAUCGGCUUGGCUUGAGGGCAUUGCACAAAAAGACUGGGCACCGAGCAUUACAAGAUCCGUAAAAAAACAAUGGAGGAUUUGACAAAUAUUGCUUGGUUAGUGGUUCUAUGUGAGAACUAGGUGAAGUUCCCCUUGCCGUGGGAAUUAUAUGAUGAAGCUGAUAGUAACACAGAAAAAAGUUCAAAUAAUGUUUAUGAUUCAUCCUUGAAUGAUUGCUAAAGCCAUGUUAGAAUACCGUAAACUAAUAGGAAUAGGAUUACAUCUUUAUUGACGGUAAUGCCUAUGAAGAUGAUUAUGUUUGUAAAAUUUGAUUGUACAUGGCAGGAAUGAGCUGUAUACGAACAA